ACAUGCUCGACCUAAUCUUGGUGCCAGCGAGCGGACGUCGAAGGGACGGGGCCGCGGGGGGGCCCGGCCUGCAGGCUUCCUCCGCACCGUCUGCGCCGGCGCGGACCUCGACGACACCCGGGGCCUCCUGCCGUCCGCGGCGUCGCUGGAGGAGACCCUCACGCCCAUGGAGCUGGAACUGUCGGAGGCCUUGACCUCGUGCGAGGUGCCACACUGCCGGGGCGCGCUCCUGGCGGGCGUCUUCUUCCCGCUGAGCAGCCUGGCGACUAGGACGGUCGUGUGUGCGGAGGACGAGGCUUCCCGGGCGGUGUACGCCAAUGCGCCCGCGGAACGUGCUGCGCUGCAGCAGUGGAAGUACCAGGCUGCGGCCGCGAACGGCUGGAAGGUCUUCGCCGUGCGCGCGGCGGAUUGGCAGGCCACGGUGGGCGCAGAGGAGGCGCGCCC